AAAAUCAAGUUUACCUCAUUUCUUAAUGAAAUAUUAAAGUUGAGUUCAAACAAUCUCGAAAGAAAAGAUUUAAUCAAAUAUACUUUCACAAAUGGAUAAAUAUGCGAUACCUAACAAACUUCCUUCAAAGCAAAUUACAGUUCUAACUCAUAGAAAACGAAGAAUUGAACAGAAAAAGGCUGCCUUGCAGAAAACACACAAGAAAAAAAUAGUGAAACCCAAUGAUGGCGAACAUUUCAAAAAGCCAGAGUUCUUUGUUGCUGAAUAUCGUAAAGCUGAACGUGAUGAUAAAAGAAUCAAACGUCAAAUUAUGCGUAAUGGAAUACAGAAUAAAAACAUAAAAGAAAAUACGCUGAUUGUUGCUAUAAGACAUAGAGGCACACAUAUCGCUUCAGAACAGUGCAUGACUAUGCUGAACAUGCUCAAUCUCCAUCGUAUGCAUCAAGCAGUGUUCCUUAGAUUCACUCCGGAAGUAAGCACAAUUCUUAGCUUGGUUGAGCCUUACGUUAUCUAUGGAACACCAGAUGUGGGAAGUGUUCGAGAUCUUAUUUUCAAAUAUGGCUUUGUUAAAUAUAAUGGAAAGAAAAGCGCCAUUUCAAGCAACAUACAGAUUGAAGAAAUUUUUGGAAAUAUCGGAAUUAUAUGUGUUGAAGAUAUUGUUCAUGAAAUUAUUUCAGUUGGUCCCAACUUUGAUAAAGUCACUAAAAUGAUGUAUCCGUUCGUUCUUCCAAAUCCGAAAGAUGGCUGGUUGGGAAAAAAAGGUCUUGCAUUCAAGAAAGGUGGAGUUGCUGGUUUUAGAGGCGAUAAAUUAAAUGAGUUACUUAAAACUAUCAUUUAAAAUGAAUUUUCUUUUAUACAAAUUGAAAUAAUAAACGACCUUUAUUCAAAAUUAAUUAUAAAUACUUUCAUUUUCUA